AUGGCCGCCGGGAAGACCUUGCUUCUUGCGGCGGUGUGUGGGCUUCUCGGCGCCGGGCUGGCUCAGGUAGACUGGGCGGACCAGCUUAGCAACGAGAUGGACCCAGCGCGCAUCGAAGAGUUCCUCAGAAUUCUGACAGAGAAGCCCCACCUAGCGGGAACACAGGAGGGGUACAGCCUGGCGGAGUACGUGAGACAGACGUGGGAGGACCAGGGCCUGGACUCCGCACACAUGGCUCCGUACGACGUCCUGCUCUCCUACCCGGACCCGGACAACCCCAGCUACGUGGCCUUAGUGGAUGAAAACAGCACUGAAGUCUUCCGAUCGUCGCCCGGUGAGCCUCAUGUUGACGUGGACCCGGCGGCGAACAUCUCCAGCGUGGUGCCGCCGUUUGCAGCGUACUCUCCUUCUGGUGUGGUGGAGUCCAGUCGCCUGGUGUACGUUAACUACGGACGGACCAGUGACUUCGAUCUGGUGAAGAGUCGCGGGAUCAACGUGAAAAGGAAGAUGGUCAUCGCCCGGUAUGGGAAGACCUCUCGCGGAAGGAAGCUGCGUCGCGCCCAAGAUCGUGGAGCUGUCGGCAUGAUCGUGUAUUCAGAUCCCAGGGAAGUUGUUGGGAUCGGCUGGGGAAGAGACAGGAAGUACCCGGACGGCUGGUACGCACCUGGCACGGCGGUCCAGCGGGGUCACUUCCUCUACACUACCGGGGAGGGAGAACCUCUCACCCCGGGAUAUCCCGCCAAAGACUACACUUACAUAAUGGAGGAAAGUGAAAGUGACCAGCUGCCUACAAUCCCCGUACACGUCAUAGGGUACACGGAUGCCAUGGAAAUCAUGAAGCUGAUGCGUGGACGCGAGGUUGUUAAUGACUCCUGGCGGGGCCUGUUGGAAACUAAGUACCGCUACGGCGCGGGAUUCGGCCGGCCAAAACUUUCAUCGGCAAGAAAAAUUCGUCUGAACGUGACCGUGACAAAAGAGAAGAGGACAAUCCACAAUGUAGUGGGGAUCAUCCGGGGAGCCGUAGAGCCAGACCGUUACGUCGUCCUUGGGAAUCACCGGGAUGCCUGGAACCUGGGGGCGGUGGACCCGAACAGUGGCACCGCCUGUCUUCUGGAGAUCACCCGUGCCUUGGGAGAAAUGAUGAAACAAGGGUGGCGCCCCAGACGCACGUUGAUGUUCAUCAGCUGGGACGCUGAGGAGCAUGGGAUGCAUGGAUCACACGAGUGGAUUGAGGAGUUCGGUAAGAUCAUGUCGGACCGAGCUGUGGCGUACAUAAACGUGGACAUCGCAGUCCGAGACAAAUACACACUCCGCGCCAGGGCUACACCGUCUCUUAAACCUCUGCUGAAGGAAGCUGCUAUGAAGGUACCAUGGCCAGAGACCACGCCUGAUGGAGACACUCUGUACUCUGUUUGGCGUCAGCGAACUCCAGCAGACAGCGAAGACCCUGACUCUGACCCCAAGAUUUCCCUACCAUCGUCUGCGAGUGACUUUGUUCCCUUUGUGAGAAGAGUGGGAGUGCCUAUCAUGGACCUGGCGAUGGUUCACCGCUACACCAUCACCUACCCAAACUACCCUCUCUACCACACGGCCUACGAGACCUUCCACCUCCAGAAGACCUACAUCGACCCUGAGUUCAAGUUUCACCGGCUCAUGUCUCAGCUCUGGGCGGGGAUAGCCUUCUCUCUGGCCGAGGCUGAGAUUUUACCGAUCGAUGUGUCCGAGUACGCCGCCACCGUCAGUGAAAUGUUCGACGUGUUGAAGGACGAGUAUGGCGAGGGAUUCCAAGCGACUCAGAUUUCUCUAGACGCCCUGGAGUCGGCAGUGACAAAUUUCACCCAGGCGGCAGCGAUGUUUGAGGAGAAACUUGCUUCACUUGGAAACGAUACAAGUCCAAUGGUAGCCCGCAUGUACAAUGACCAGCUAAUGCAGAUGGAGAGAGCCUUCAUUGACCCACUGGGCAUCCCUUCUAGGCCAUUCUACAGGCAUACCGUCCUGUCCAACGGCCUCUACUCCACCGAUACCUUCCCCGCCCUGGGUGACGCCGUGGAGAGAAUGGGGAGUGACUGGACCGAUCCGGGCAAGGCCAGCAAGCUGCGUGACGUCAGGAAACAACUGUCAAUCAUUUCUCAUUUCAUCCAAUCAGCGGCCAACACUCUGGGCACACCUGCCUCAACUGUGUUUUGAGCCUAAUAUACAUAUCGGUACAUACCGGUACCUUUGGCCGUGUUUAUGUGAAGUCACCCAAACCGCGAUUCGGGUAACUCGCAUUCCGCACAUCUGGUCCAAGUGCCAAACAUUCCUUGCAAACCGUAUCCGAUCACGAUUCUACGAAACUGCAUUUAUUGUUGUUUGAUGAAAACACGCAAGGUGGCGUGUUAUCAAUGUCAGAGGUCAACGACCUGCUUGCUGAUGCCCCCCU